AUGUUAAACAAGCCCAAUGCUUCGUGCCAGGACAUCGAUGAUGAUCCGGUGAUAGCGAAGCUCAUCACGGUUUACACGCGCCGAGCACGGGUCCUGUCCAUUUCCAAUCUCGCCCUGGGCGCCUUCAUCAGCGGGUGUUUCGUCGUGUAUCCGCUCUUCACCGGCCAGCGUAGUCUGCCGUACGGCAUGUUCAUUCCGGGCGUCAACAAUUUCGACUCUCCGCAGUAUGAAAUCUUCUACAUCACCCAGCUCGUUCUUACCUUCCCCGGGUGCUGCAUGUACAUUCCGUAUACAAGUUUUUUCACCACCAGCACGCUGUUUGCCUUGGUGCAGAUCAAGACCCUGCAGCACCAGUUGCGUACGUUUCGGGCGGAACAGAUUUCAAAAGCCACACCGAGCCUCGAUCGGCAGCUGGAAAAGUUCAUCGAAGAUCACAAGCGGAUAAUUCGUUUUAUUCAAGAUCUAAACGGCCUGGUGACGUACAUCUGCCUUAUAGAGCUCCUGUCCUUUGGGUUGAUGCUUUGUGCCCUGCUUUUCUUGCUCAAUAUUAUUAGUGUGAUGGCCCAAAUUGUGAUCGUUGGUGCCUACAUCUUCAUGAUCCUGUCGCAAAUAUUCGCCUUCUACUGGCACUCAAACGAGGUGCGCGAGGAAAGCAUGGGCAUUGCCGAGGCGGCCUAUAGUGGACCGUGGCUCAAGGUGGAUAAUUCGAUCAAGAAAAAGCUGCUCCUGAUCACACUGCGCGCCCAGCGACCACUCGAGCUCACAAUUGGAAACGUUUACCCGAUGACUUUGGAGAUGUUUCAAUCGCUGCUAAACGCGUCGUACUCGUACUUCACGCUACUCAGGAGGGUCUAUAAUUGA